AUGCCGACCAUGUGGCCGUUCCAGACGAUUCGUCGGUCGCACGACCGCGGCGACCCCAUGAACAUUGAUCAAGAGGACACUCGCAUGGUUGAUGCCGAGCACAUGCAGUCACGCGACAACAACAUGAACAGCGCGUCAAACAGUGUCAACAACACAACAAGAGAACCAAAGCCUCGUCUCCUCGGUGGCGGCGGCCCCGGCCGCGACAGCCCCCCAGACAGCCUCUUCGACUACGACAGCGAGGUAGAAGCGGCGCUCAACCGCGGCAGCCCUGCCAACUCACAACGAUCCGAGUCUUCACCCUGCUCGACACGGGCAAAGCUCUGGGCCACGCUUUACGGGUUUCAAGGCUCCGUCCCGUUCCAAGUCGACUCGUCGGCCUCAUAUCUCUCUGCCGUGCGCCAGCUCCUCUCCAUGCCCACGGCCAGGGACACUACCACCACCACCACUACAUAUAUCACCACCGCCAACAAGGGUAAUAGCGACAAUAACAACGACGACGACAGCGCCCCGUACACACUCGUCCAUUACCAAUCCCGCGAACGCACCCUCACCGAGAUCAAGGACGACUUGACGACUGGAAGCGACGGCGAGGCUGUCCGCCACAUUCAGGAGCACUUUGCGUCUGCAAACAACAACAACAAUAACAACAAUGACGACGACGGCAAUACCACAAACAAUAACUCCAACAAUGAACAACAACAGCAACAACAACGCACAGCCGAGGACAAUGACCAUCCCGCGACAUGCUGCGUGCUCUUCGUCCGCCUGCAAACAGAAACGGGUCCCGCGCCGGGACAGUACAAGCCCUCGGCCGCGCAGCUCGGCGUCGACGUCGGUGUCAUCAAGUACCUCCCCGCCGGACGACGACCGCCGCACGUCUCGACCGCGUAUUUCCCCUUUCCCAAGGCCGUUGGAAGACACGAAGAUGCCAGCGAGGCGGGCCAGCCGCUGUUCCACGUCAGGGAAUGGAACGCGAGGCAGUACCUCGAGCACCUGCGCACGGCGGCGGAUGUGUUGCUUGGACGGCCCCCUGGUAGGGGGCAAGGAGGAGACGACUUUCACCACGGUAUAUUGAGGCUAUGUAAAGAACAGACGGACGACGGUGAAGAGGGACAUCUUCAAGGAUACGCGGCGUCGUCGUCGACGCAUGCACUUACCACGCUGCGCCCAUCGGACCUGCAGGACAUUCAACCACAUCACCUCCUCACCAACGAAGGCCCUCCCGGAGUCGAAAUCCAGUACGACCCCCUCGACGACACGCAUAUACACCUCACCCUACCGGGCUUCUACCCCUCACCCUCCUCCGGACACACAACCAUCCUCGCCGCUCGCACCCUCCGCCCCGUCGCCAACGGGCGCCUCGCCACCCCCCCGGACAUCGUCCACAUCCAACGCCUCGUCACCUCGCUCCUCGCCCGCGAAGCCCACGGCGUCACGCACAUCCUCCUCCUCUCCGGGCGCGGCACCCUCGGCCCCGUCCCCGACCGCACCCAGCCCACGGCCCUCAUCCCCCUCAGCCAGUCCGCCGUUACGCUCGACUUUUCCACCAUGAAAGACCUCCGACAGCUCAUCGACAGUAACCCGCGCUCGCUGCUCAUCCACCCGCAGUAUAAAGACGACAACCAUGGCCGCUCCGACGUCUUGGACACGAGAAUGCACGCCGCUUGGGAUACGGACGUCGACAUGGACAAGCGCUGCACGUACCUCCCCUCUCUCGCAUCCUCCGUGGUUGCCUUUCGCGCGCAGGUCGCGCGGCUGGUCGAGCAGGCGCCCGGCGCGGGCCGAGACGCGGACAGGGUUAAUGUGUUUGACGCGGGGACGCACGAAGUCACCAUCCGCGCGGUGCUGCUGCGCGAUAUCAUCACCCCUGAGAUUGAGUUUUCGACGUUUGUCGUCGGGCCGGACACCACCGACGACGAGUGGUUCGCGAUACGCGUGCAGAUCCCCACGCGCAACGCGGAGAUUAACGUCUGGAUGGCCGGGACGUGGGACUGGACACGGGGUCUCGCGAAGAGUAACGUUUGGGGGCCGCGGUACGGCAGGAUUCAGAGAUUCCCGCCAAAGACCAUCACCACCACCACCACCACCACCACCAACAGCAGCAGAAGCAACAGUCGCAGCAGCAGCAGCAAGAACAGCGAAGGCCGAACCCCCUAUGGCUACGCCGACUACGUCUUCCAGUCCGCGCCGCCCGCCCUCGAAGCUCUCGCCAACCCCCUGCCAGAGCCCUCCCAGAGCGCCCGCCUGUCCGCUCCCCCCGCGGCAAAUCCCUACACGACGAAGCCGCCAUCGCCAACACCGAGCGUCGUCGCAGCAGCAGAGUGCCCGUUCCCGGGCUGUGGGUUCGUCUACGCCGAGGCCCAGGAAGCCGACCUCGCGGCCCACGUCGUCGGGGCGCACGCGCGUCGCAUGUGCAUGUGGUGCGAUGAGACGAUCCCCGACGCGUGGACCGACGAGCAGAAGGACGAGCACGCGCGCACGCACCGCGACCGCUUGCUGGCCGCCCUGGGGGUCCAGAGCGUAGGAAGCCUGACCCAGCAGGGCGACAGCAGCGGAAGCAGCAGCAGAAGCAGCAGCAAGUCCGUGUCCGUGUCGGUGGCCCUGAACCCGGGCCCAACCUCUUCCUCCUCCUCCUCCUCCACCACCGCCGCCGCCCCCAUCGACCUCCCCCUCCCCCUCCCCCGUCCCGCCGCCGCCACCGGGGCAGAAGAAGAGCUCGACGGCCGCAGCAGCAGCAGCAGCAGCAUCACCACCACCACCACGGCGUCGCGCCCCGUGGUGCCGAACCAGCGGUUCUGCGACCGCUGCGGACGCGACCGCCGGCGCUUCGCCACGCAAGCGGAGCGGACGUACCACGACCGGCACUGCGUCCCGGGGGUGUACCACGGCGCCAGGUGCCGCUUCUGCCGCCGUUGCGGCGACUACCGCUGGGCGUCGCGCGAGGACCGGCGCCUGAGCGGGCGUGCCGCCGGCGAUGGUGGUCGCAGGACGGCGGCGACGACGUGUGGGCACGACGAUGACAACGAGGAUAACGCAGAGUGUCGCUUUUGCGCGCUCUGCGGCCUCGACGUCGUCGGGGCCCUGCUGCCUGGCGAGACGACGACGACGACGACGACAAGAGAAGCGGCGGUCGCCGCCCACAUCGAGGCGUGCCGCGGGUACGGCGCGCAGCCGGGACGCUUUUGUCCGCACUGCGGCGUGGCCUUUUGGAAAGGUCACGCCCAGGCGGACUGGCUGUACAACACCAGGCACAUUGAGGCCUGUCGCGCCGCCGCCGCCGACGAGGAGGACGAGGACGAGAACGAGGACGAAGUCGCUGCCGCCCCUCGGGGCAAGAAACGCCGCCGCCAGCAGCAGCAGCAACAACAACAACAAGAGGCUGCCGCCGCCGCCGCCGCCGCCGAUGAUGAUGACGACGACGAUAGCGACGAGCGGCGCCGGGCCGCCAAGCGUCGUUGCGCGCGCCCCGGGGACGACGACGACGACAACCUGCCGGCGCUGGCGCCGCAGCAGCAGCAGCAGCAGCAACAACAGCAACAGCAACAGCAGCAGGAAGAAGAAGAGGAGGAGAAGAAGGAGGAGGAGCAGCAGCAGCAGCAGCCCGUCCGCCGGCGCCGGGCCACCCCCGGCGUCAAGACCCGUACCCAGCCGCCCCGCGCCGCACGAACCCGCGCCGCGUCCAAGGCGCCCCCCGCCCGCCCGACGACGACGACGGCGACGGCGACGAGGACGAUGAGGAAGAGGAAGAGGUGA